ACAGAUGAAUGAAUUCACAGAUUCUAUGCUGAAAAAAUGAGUGAAUUUUUCUAUUUGGUUUCUUUAAAAUCCUUAAAUAUUUUGGGAACGAAGAGAAGUUUCUCUCUUAUAUGUGGAAGUUACUGAAUUCUUCAUAAAUAUUUACCUAUACGUUGCGUUUAUUACAGGUCAACUGUAAACAGAAAUUGUUUCAUUCGUUAUAUUAAAACAUAUCUGCUUGAGAAUGAUUUACACAUAAUAUGAAGAGAAUAAAUACUUACUCCAGAAAAGCUGUUUGUAUCAUAUGUUUUAUGAGUUUUUUAAUAAGUAUAUGUUCUGCUCAAGAUGAGACUGAAAAAACACCAUUCGUUCCUUCUGAAAAUAUUUCAGUUUCAAAUGAUUAUGAGGAAAGAGAUUUGACAGGUACAAAUGAAGAAACAAAUAUCGAUGAGGACAAAUUAAUAUUUAAUGUUGAUGGGAAGGAAGAUAUUCUUGGAGUUUUAGCUGAAAUAGCAUCUAAAAAUGUUGCAGCUUCAAAUGACAUAACAAUAGAAGGAGCAACAGUUGUGUUAUCCCUACCAGAAACCAUAACGUCAGAAAUGAAAAAUGAGGCAGAAAAACUAUCUACCGCCUUGAAUUCCAAUAAAUUAAACAAUAACAACACAACUGGAGGAGUUAAAGAAGCUAUCUCGGAAACUAUUAGCAUAGAUCAAAAAAGUUCUGAUGGAGAAGAACUGAGUAAUGGUACAAUUGUUUUACUUAAUAAAACCAAAGAUACUCCCGAAGAAAUUCCGUCUUUUUCCGAGUGGGCUCAAAAAAGAAUGGAAGAAGCUGAAAAAAAAUUCGUGAAUGAAUCUAAUAAUGUUGGGAAUAAUGGAAAGUUGGGAUCUGGUGUUAAAUUGGGUUGGAAAAAUUAUGCUUCUCCAGAUUGUGGAGCAAAGGUGGUAGCUGCUAAUCCAGAGGCUGUAAGUGCAAGUUCGGUUAUCUCACCUUCGAGGGAAGAAUACAAAUUAAACGUUUGUACAAACAGAAUUUGGUUCAUAGUAGAACUGUGCGAGGCAAUCCAAGCAAAAAAGAUUGAUAUAGCGAAUUUUGAAUUAUUCUCGUCGACUCCCAAAGAGUUUACUGUAUCUAUUGGAGAUCGUUUUCCAAGCAGAGAAUGGACAACAGUCGGCCAGUUCAUGGCAAAAGAUGAGAGGGAUGUACAAAGUUUUGACUUGAAUCCACACUUAUUUGGAAGAUACAUAAAAGUUGAGGUUAAGUCUCAUCACGGAGCUCAGCAUUAUUGUCCCAUUUCUCUGUUCAGAGUGUAUGGAAUUUCCGAAUUGGAAGUGCUGCAAAAAGAAGAAUUGUCACAGGUGGACGACGACGACAUGGACGAUAACGACGAUUCAGAAAUGUAUUCCGAUGGUCUAACAAAAAAUAUGUUGAAUUCCGCCACGAACGCAGUCUAUUCCAUGAUCAAGAAAGCCGCGGAAGUAUUGAGUACCAAAAGUAACGAAACAAACAAGAAAAAUGACCCUACAGUUCAGUUUGAAUAUUCGCCCUUGAUCAACACCUGUUCCACCCCUAGACACAGCAUCGUGUGUGGCAAUUGUAGCGAUCUCUUAUUCGGUCAAGUUUACGAAUUAUUGAGCUGUAAAUUCGACCAAAUCCACAAAUUGGCACAAGUACCGUACAUUCGCGAAUCUUUGAUAGCUUCAGACGUAUGCCAAUACUUCGGCAUAAGUAUGAACCCCGUGAGAAAUCAUUUUUCGAUUUGCGACAAAAGUUGUCUGUACGUCAAAUCGCUAUUUACCGAUAAGUUCUUAGCUGCCAUAUGCAACAAUGUGGCGGUUUCCGAGAACAGAGCCGUCUUGAACAACAGUCAGCAAUUUCCAAAUUCUACGAAAAGUCUGGUCGAGGAAAACGUCGACAUUGGCGUGAUAGGAAUGUCGAAAAUCACCUCCGGCAUUGAACAAUCUGUGGACGUCGUUUUACCGGAUAACAACAGCGAGAGCCGACCUACAGACGAAUUAAAACUUGAUUUAACAAACAACGUAGAACUGCCCAAAGUUAGCUGUUCGACGAGCCUCGAGUAUACCUCGCGUAUAAAACCUACGAAAACGGUCACUUUGGACGUCUCCAUCGAAUCUUCUAACAUCUUGAGCGGUAGCGAAACGGAAGAACUGCUCAAUCACAUUACCAAAGUUGAUUCUCCUCCCAGCGAAGUCAAUGGAGCCACAGAGUCAAAAAUUUUGAUAAAUGAUUUUGGAGACGUUCAAGAUGUUGGAGACGCAAACGGACAAAAUUUAUACGUGAGCACUGAACCCCCUGAGAGCAUGGAUCAGAUGGAACAUUUCAUGACUGACAUCAAUGGUGAAAAUGGACCAUCCACCGUUCCACCUGUUUCAUCUGGUAACAAUCCGGCCGAUAGACAGAAGGAAUCUGUUUUUCUACGACUGUCAAACAGGAUUAAGGCGUUAGAGAGAAAUGUUUCUCUUUCUAGUCAAUAUCUCGAAGAACUCAGCAGAAGAUAUAAGAAGCAAGUAGAAGAAAUGCAGAAUCUUGAGAGAACCAUUCAUUCUAUGUUGGAAGAGCGAAAAAAAAUGGAGGAGAAAGACAAGCAACUUGAAGAACGUUUAGAGAACUUGAUGAUCACUCUAGAGAAAUGGCCGAGCUUUCUUUUUUGGUUUCUUACAACGAUUACAAUUUUUUGCGGCGUAUUCUGGAUAUGUGGUAGCGAAAGAAAAAAAAAUACAAUUGAUUUGCCAAAAGAUGUUAAGCGUAGGAAAUCUAUUGAUAUAAUAACCUGCAAAGAAAAGAAGAAAGUGAGGAGACCAAGUGAUCAAGCACUCAAAAUAGUGAGAUCUUCCCUUAUGGCGGAAGAGAGGAAACUGUCAUUAGAAAAAAGGAGAAGGAAAAGGAGCAAUAAAUGCUUAAAACGUUCAAAUUCCAUUAAUGAAUGUGAUAUUAAUGGUUUUAGGGUGAAUAAUCAUGAUACUAUACAGGAUUCAACGCAUCUUCCAGGUGCUGGUGUAAACACAAAUCCUGGAGACUGGGUGGAAGAAAAUCACAGGCAAAUAGAAAUAGUAGAUUUAGAUGAAAGUGAGAACUCUUCUCUAGAUCACUUUGCAACAAUACUGGAGAAAGAAGUUCCGCAUUAUGCAAAAACCGCUGUCGACAGGCGCGCCCAUAGAAUUUCUAGUCAUUACAUUAAGCCAAAUAUCAAUGGAGAUCAAGACUUUCCUUAUAGCAUGUCUAAAGAAAUGGAAAUUGUGGAAAAUUCCCCAAAGUUAGAAUUAAAGAAUUUGGAAAGACGAUCAAGUAACAGAUCAGAAGAGGGUAGUCGUAAGAAGGAGAGGAAAAGUUUCAGAACCGUUUUGAAAAAUGUUUUCACAUAAUAUAUAAAACUUAGACUUUCAAGGUAAAAGAUUUAAUUAUUCUUUACUUUAAAUGUGCUGCCUCCACGUACAGUCAAAUAUAUGAGAAAAUUAAUGAAAAGUUCAGUUUACAAAGCAUUUAUCACCAAUUAAAUUAAAUAUCAGAAUGAAAAAUAUUGAUUCAAAUCAUUCCCCUGCAAAUUAUUGCUAAAUUGUAAUCCUUGGCAAAGUUAUAACUUAGGACAAUUGAAAUUUUCAUACAACUUGUUCAGUCGUUGAAAUUGUAACUUUUUUUGACUUGCCAGAUUGAUUUAUUCGGAAAAACUUUCUACAAUUUGUAGAAAUUUUCAUAAUCAUUAUAAUGUAUUGUUCACAUAUUGAAGACUGAUCAAUAGACUAGACUUUAGCAAUCAUCGUUUUGAGGAAUCGCCAUUGUUGUAUGUAUAUAUGUAUUUUUAUUUUAUCUUGUUAUUUAUACCACCAAAUAU